AUGAAGACGUUCGCCGCCCUCUCCGCGCUCCUGCUGGCCGCUCAGCAGGCAAGCGCCGACCUGCUCGCUUUUGACAAGUUCGGCGAGUUCCGCAGCCUGGUGGCCAGCCCUUCCCAGGACGCGGUCAACGCCACCUCGCUCAUCGCCUUCUUCUCGGAGCACAAGACUGCGCCUGCCCUCGAGGCUCGCCAGGCUUCGGCCGUCUCCGCCUCGUCGUCGGCCGCACCGAGCCGGGCGGCGGGCACGACCAAGUGCGCCAGCGACGACUGCACCUCGAGCUACGACCUGUACAAGUCGUGCCCGGACACGACCUACGCCUUCCUCUCGUGCUUCUGCGCCGACAAGGCCCUCGAGAUGGCGCGCUGCUACGACGGCGGAUGCGGCAUCGAGUCGGCGGCCGGCACCGACGUCACCAUGUUUGUCCUCGAGGCUUGCAUCCUGUACAUGUCAAACGACCGCACCACCGCCAGCGAGUGCCUCCUCAGCCGCAACGGCUACUCGACCGCCUGCCGCAAGUCCCUGCAGUACAGCGGCGGAUCCUCCGGCGGCAUCGGCGACGCCGUGUCCGGAUCUGCCACGGCGGCCUGGUCGGCCUCUGCAACUGCCUCGCGCUCCGGCUCGGCCACGGCAACCGGCUCCUCGGCGCCGUCGCCCACCUUCUACGUUCCCACUUCCGGAUCCAGCGGUGGCGGCAGCGCUGGCGGCGACGGUAGCGGUGGCGGCAACGGCAACGGCAACGGCGGCCAAGGUGGCAGCGCGGCCAGCUUCAUCCCUCAGCCGAGCCAGUCGGCAUCGUCGCAGGGCGCGCCCAACGCUGCCACCCGCUGCUCGGCCACUGCGCUUGCUGCUGGAGCUGCGGCCGUUGCCAUCGUGGUGUUUGCGGCCAUUUGA